GAAUUGUUUCAAUUAUGACUCUCACUGUUCUUGCCUAUGAACGCUACAUUCGAGUAGUCCAUGCAAAAGUGAUUGACUUCUCUUGGUCUUGGCGGGCUAUCACGUACAUCUGGCUCUACUCAUUAGCCUGGACUGGAGCACCUCUUUUGGGCUGGAACAGAUACACACUGGAAAUUCAUGGAUUAGGUUGCUCAGUGGACUGGAAGUCAAAAGACCCCAAUGAUACCUCCUUUGUGAUCCUUUUUUUCCUUAGCUGUCUAGUAGCACCUGUUGGGAUCAUGGCCUAUUGCUAUGGCCAUAUUGUCUAUGCAGUAAGAAUGCUUCGCUGUGUGGAAGAUUUCCAGACUGUUCAAGUGGUCAAACUUCUAAAAUAUGAAAAGAAGGUCGCUAAAAUGUGCUUCUUAAUGAUUUCCACAUUCCUUAUUUGUUGGAUGCCCUAUGCAGUGGUUUCCCUCCUGGUAACAUACGGCUAUAGCAACCUUGUAACUCCAACAGUAGCCAUCAUCCCAUCUUUCUUUGCCAAGUCAAGCACUGCUUAUAAUCCAGUCAUCUAUAUCUUCAUGAGUAGAAAG